AUGAUCACCUCUUCAGCCUGCGACUCUCGCCGAGGGUGGAAAUUCGACUUCAGCUUCUACGCUGCUGACAGGGAGCAGAAUUACACCAGGAAACUUUACUUCACUUUGGUGCACAAGAACCCCGUACAUGGAAAGAUUUGCACCUCCCCUGCCGGGUGCCAGGGGUCAGGAUCUGAUGUGUCCAACAGAGGGGCCUUCUAUGUACCUACAGAGAAAGCCACUUCAAAGAAGUUGUCACCAACUCUGGAUUUUAACCCUUGCCUGAACACAGCCUGCGGGAAGCCUGCUGUCCGGCCUCUAGUAGACACCGGUGCUAUGGUGUUUGUGGUGUUCGGAAUUCGAGGGAUAAAUCGGACCAGGAUACCGGAUAACCAUGUACUGGGUGAACUGGGCAGGGUGAUCUACGAUGACAAGUUUGACCUCUUUAAAGAAAUCGGUAACCUGUGCAGUCUGUGCAAGGUCAUCGCCAGCAACAGGGAUUUGGUGAAGCCGGGCGGAGCUCAGUGCCUCCCUUCAGGGUACAGUAUAUCAUCCUUUCUUCAAAUGUUGCACCCCGAAUGUAAGAACAUUCCCGAGCCAAACCUUCUCCCAGGUCAACUUUCCCAUGGUGCUGUCGGUGUAAAGGAUGGAAAAGUCCAAUGGAUCUCUAUGGCGUUUGAAUCGACCACCUACAAGGGCAAAUCGUCUUUCCAGACAUACAAGGACUAUCUGAAAUGGGAGUCUUUCCUCCAACAGCAGCUGCUGCGUCUCCCUGCGGACUCAGCUCUCAAACAUGGAUUUCAGACCUGCGAGCACUGGAAGGAGAUCUUCAUGGAAAUUAUAGGAGUGCAGAGCGCUUUGUAUGGCUUGAUUCUGUCACUGGUUAUCUGCGUGGCGGCCGUAGCAAUCUUCACUACACACAUUCUGUUGCUCCUCCCGGUGCUUUUUACCAUUUUAGGUGUAGUGUGUCUGGUGGUAACCAUAAUGUACUGGCUGGGAUGGGAAAUGGGAGCGGUAGAGGCCAUAUCCCUAUCAAUUCUGGUUGGCUCAUCUGUGGAUUACUGCGUCCAUCUGGUAGAAGGAUACCUCCUCGCGGCAGACAGUGUUCCUCAACAUCUCAAGGAGGACCCAACUGCCUGCCGUCAAUGGAGAGUCACUGAGGCUGUUCGCCACGUUGGUGUAGCCAUCGUCUCCAGCGCCAUCACCACAGUCAUAGCCACCAUCCCGCUCUUCUUUUGCAUCAUCGCUCCCUUCGCCAAGUUCGGGAAGAUUGUUGCGUUGAACACUGGCAUCUCCAUCGUGUACACUCUGGCUGUGAGCACAGCACUGCUCAGUAUGAUGGCGCCCAGCACCUUUGUCAGGAACAGGACUUCCUUCCUCAAAGCCGCUCUGGUGGUCGUCCUUUGCGCUGCCGGGAGCUUUUGUGUUUACAUGGUCUUGCUCAAAACAGGGUUGACCAUCCCCAUUCUCAACGGGACCCCGCCGUAG